AUGGCAUCCUUACCUCCAGGCUUCAUGGACCUGUAUGUCGCCCGGCAGUCCCCAGACAACACGCGCGUAAACAUCAUCGGCGUUGUGACCGACGUAAUGGAUCCGGCGAGAACUAGGACCUCCCAACAUAUGCUCACAUUCAAGCUCAUUGACCGCAGGCUGAGUAACGCGGUGGACGGAGGCGAGGGUUUGAAAGUCCGCUUCUUUUCCCCCAACCUGGACUCUCUUCCGAAAGUACGUGACGUUGGCGAUGUCGUGCUCCUCCGAACAGUCAACAUGAUGACUGUCAACGGAGAGCGCGUAGCGCUGUCCAACUACUCCUCCGGCGUGCUGGUAUUUCCAUCCGCAGCGAUUCCGAAUCCAAAUUUUUCCAUUGCAUAUCAAGAUAAGAAUCGAUUGGAGUGCCAUGGAGUGCCACUGCAGGUCAGUAGGCUCAAACUUGCCGAGCAGAACUACGUGGUGCACCUCAAAUCCGAGAUGGCUGUGGCGGUAGAAGAUAGUCGCCACCGACACAGUGCCACGAAGAGGCGAGUGGAGGUCGAGGGCUCUGCCUCUGAGCCUCCUUCGAAGAAACGGAAAUUUGGCAACUCGAUAGGACAGAAGUUCAAGUUAAUCCGAGAGUUGAGGGACAUGGGCUACGCCGAUAUCGUUGGACUGGUCGUUAAGCGGAUCGGAGCGCAGUAUGGAUGCGACCUCUACAUCACAGAUUAUACCUACAACGAGAUGAUGCGACCAUACCCUGCACCCGAGGAGCAGACCGAUCUGGGAAGAGAUGGCGAUGCUUUCGGCUACACGAAAGGCUCCAAAAAGCCUUGGCCUGGACCGUACGGCCACACGAUAUUGAAGGUCAACGUGAAGCCACCUCAUGCUGACUACGCAAUUUCGUCUGUUGACGAAGGUGACUUGGUCCUGCUACGAAAUGUGAAGACCCGCAUCACGACGUGGGGUGAUCACGGCUUGUUCCUGGAAGGGGACAUGUGGCAGGAUCAUCAAAGCCAGCAACAAAUCAACAUUCGUAAGAACUUGGACAUGGAAUCACCCGAGGUUGGAGCUCUGAUGCUUAGGAAAGAGCAAUAUUGGAAAGAAAGGGAGAAGAAGUCGGGAGAGCGACCGGCUGAGGAAGCCAUGACCAAACGGCAGAAGAAGGCCGAGAAGAAGGCCGAGAAGAAGGCAAAGAAAGCGCAGAGACAAGCACAGGAUCCGCGGAACGAUUCCGAGGCCGAGCAGGAAGCCUCCAAAGAGGUGGACAGAACAUUCGAAAAGAACCCACACGUCAGGUGCAGCUAUGAGGAAGUGCCGGUCAGUAGCGUCAGGAAGAUCUUGGAUCCUGAGAAUGUUGAACAUGAACACGAUACUCCGAAUGGAAACUCCGACGUACUCCCCUUCAUCAACGCCAAGUAUCGUGCCAGGGUUCGGGUGGUGGACUACGAGCCGAAAUCGUUGGAAGAGUUCGCGGUUCCUGUUCUCGCAGAAGACGACGGUAAGAGCGUCGAUAGUAUGGCGUGGCAAUACGAGGGCACACCAAAGCAUGAAUGGCACUUCUCGUUGCUCCUCGAAGACGCGAGCAGACGCACAGCGGGCGGGUCAGAAGGUGACCGGAUCUGGGUGCAAGUGCAUCAUGAGCAGGCCCAAUUCCUACUCGGCAACGGCGUCGAUGACCCGCAAGAUCUGAGGCAUGACUACCGGCUACUGGCGAAACUGAAGGAGAAGAUGUUUGUGCUCUGGGGAAAUCUGGAAGAGAAGGAUGAACAGGAGCAGCUGAGCAAUUUGCCCUUCGAAUGCUGUAUCAUGGAAUAUGGUGUCGAUGUUGAUGAGGAUGCAGCGAGGUGUGGCAACCAGCCAGAACGAUGGCAGAGGACGUAUGCUCUGUUUGGAGCUACGAUACUGUAG